AUGGGGCCCUCCAGAGACCCCACCCCGGAGGGUCCGGAGCAGGUGCUGGAAGAGCCCCCAGAUGCCCUGGCUCCCCAGCUGCCCUCGCCCUCCAAGGGGGCCUUCUCAGGGCCCACCGCACGACCGACCCCUCCUGCCAGGAAGAAGCAGGAGACCCAGCGGCUGAAGCUGGCCACGAACGCCGGGGCCUUUGUGGAGAGCCAGCAGCCCCCGGAGGAUUGGGGGGAAGGGCUCCCCGGGUCUCUGGAAGAGAAGGCCACCGUGCCUGUGGGGGACGGCGGGGAAAUCAGCCUCGGGGUGACCAGCCAUUCCUCGCUCCAGAUCUCUCCUUCCACAGUUCUGCCAACCACUUGGGGCCCUGGUGCUCCUCCCCGAGGGGUGACCGAGACCCUUGAAAAGGAAGCCGGGAUCCUGGCCAACAUGCCCCCCCAGAGGGCCGAGGAGGAGGAGGAGGAGGCUGUGAAGGGGGGAUCUUCCUCCAGGGAAGAGGGCCGAGAAGCAACUUCUGCCACCGUCAGCCCCCCGGAGCAGCUGCCGAGUCUCUGCAGCAUGAAUUUCUCUGAGCCGGAGGGCUACAUCGACUCAGCCGAGGCUCCACUGGUGUCCCAGAACGGCUUCUUGGAGUGCACCUUCCGCGUGAGAGUCUACACUGGAUAUGGGGUGGAGCUGCAGGUGAAGAGCGUGAACCUGUCCGAGGGGGAAGUGCUGGCCAUUCGUGGGGAGGACGACGGCCACUUGGUCACGCUGGCUAACCAGACCCUCCUGGUAGAAGGCCAGGUCAUCCGCAGCCCCACCAACACCAUCUCGGUCCUCUUCCAAGCCUUCCCGGACGGCCUGGGGACUUUCCAGCUGCAUUAUCAAAUCUUCAUGCUGAGCUGCAGCUUCCCACGGAGGCCCAAUUUUGGGGAGGUGGCCGUGCUGGGGCUGCACUCGGGAGGCCUGGCUCACUUUAACUGCCACCUGGGUUACGAGCUGGAGGGAGCGCGGAGCCUGACCUGCCUCAAUGCUUCCAAGCCACACUGGAGCGCCCCGGAACCCGUCUGCUCAGCCCCCUGUGGAGGCACCGUGCGCAACGCCACCUUUGGCCGCAUCCUGGCCCCAACCUCUCCGAGGAGCCCCCUGGGCAGCCUGGCUUGUGUGUGGACGGUCAGCGCCCCUGAGGGGCAGAAGCUUCACCUGCACUUUGAGAGGCUGGCACUGGGGCCCAAGGAAAGAAUGGUGGUCUACGGGGGAGAAUCGAACCGCUCAGCCGUGCUCUACGCUUCCCAGCAGAGCAGCAACGUGCCUUUCGAAGGAGUGAUAAGCGAAGGAAACGCCCUGCGUGUCACCUUCACCUCAGAAGACCCCGACGGAGAGCCCACCUUCAACAUUCGGUUCGAAGCCUUUGAGAAGGGCCACUGCUACGAGCCCCACCUGCAGAACGGCAACUUCACCACCUCCGAUGCCACCUACAACCUGGGGGCCGUCGUGGAGUUCACCUGCGACCCCGGGCACAGCCUGGAGCAGGGCCCAGCGGUCAUCGAGUGCAUCAAUCUCAGGGACCCCUACUGGAACGACACGGAGCCCUUGUGCCGAGCCACCUGCGGGGGAGAGCUCUCCACGGCCGCCGGAGUCGUCCUGUCCCCCAACUGGCCUGAGCCCUACGCGGAGGGCGAGGACUGCGUCUGGAAGGUCCACGUGGGGGAGGAGAAGCGGAUCUUCCUGGACAUCCAGCUCUUGAACCUGAGCCAGAGCGACAUCCUCACGGUCUACGACGGGGAUGACCUCAACAGCCACAUCCUGGGCCAGUUCCUGGGCCCCAGCGGGCCCCAGAAGCUCUACUCCUCCACGCCUGACUUGACCAUCCAGUUCCACUCAGACCCGGCCGGCCUCGUCUUCGGGAAGGGGCAGGGCUUCACCAUGAGCUACAUCGAAGCCUCGCGGAAUGAGUCCUGCUCGGACCUGCCGGAAAUCCAGAAUGGCUGGAAGACCACUUCUCACACCGAGCUGGUUCGGGAGGCCAGAAUUACCUACCAGUGUGACCCGGGCUACGAUAUUGUCGGCAGCGACACCCUCACCUGCCAGUGGGACCUCACCUGGAGCAGCGACCCCCCUUUCUGUGAGAAAAUCAUGUAUUGCACGGAUCCUGGAGAGGUGGAACACUCGACCCGCUUAAUUUCGGACCCGGUGCUCCUGGUUGGAACCACCAUCCAGUACACCUGCCACCUGGGCUUCGUGCUGGAGGGCAGCUCCCUUCUCACCUGCUACAGCCGGGAAACGGGGACCCCCAUCUGGACCUCCAGGCUGCCCCGCUGCGUGCCGGAGGAGUCCCUGGCCUGUGACAACCCUGGGCUGCCUGAAAACGGCUACCAGAUCCUCUACAAGCGCCUGUACCUGCCGGGCGAGUCCCUGACCUUCAUGUGCUACGAAGGCUUUGAGCUGCUCGGGGAGCUGAGCCUCAAGUGCAUCCUGGGGCAGCCCUCCCGGUGGAGUGGGCCGCUCCCCACCUGCAAAGUCAACCAGGACAGCUUUGAACAUGCCUUGGAAGUAGCAGAAGCUGCUGCAGAAACGUCCCUGGAGGGAGGCAACAUGGCGCUGGCCAUCUUCAUCCCCGUCCUUGUCGUUUCCUUGCUUCUGGGGGGCGCCUACGUCUACGUCACGAGAUGCCGCUACUACUCCAGCCUUCGGUUGCCCCUCAUGUACUCCCAUCCAUACAGCCAAAUCACGGUGGAGACGGAGUUUGACAACCCAAUCUACGAGACGGGGGAAACCCGGGAAUACGAGGUGUCCAUCUGA